UUUCUCUCUCUAUCUCUAUCACCUUCUCUCUCUCCCCCCUCUCUCUCUCUCUCAAGGUUCUCUUUGUCCCUUAUCACCUCACGUUCUCACUUUCUUGCCCCAUACAGGUUUUCCACCAGCCAAGAAACGGAUAGAAAAUUUUCAGAGCCACCACCGUUCAGAGAGCACAUCACAAGAAGACUCUGUUUCUCUCUCUCCCUCACUCUCAGCUACAUGGCCUCACUCUUCGAUCUGAAUCCACGUCUCUGAACUCAUUCCGUCGCCGUUUAAUCCCCUUUCCCUCUCCAAUCUGCGUUUUCUUUAUAUUACCGUGUACGAGCUCCGCGGAAGCCCUAGAUUGCUGUGCGGCGCGCCGAUUCGGCUGCCGCGUUUGGUAUUGCGUUCGAUCUCGCCGAACGGCGUCGUGUGGCUCAGCCCUGCGAACCCUAGGUCGUCGGAUCUGGAGGCGGAGGUCGCGUUCGCGGCGCUGCGGUUUGCUUUACGGUGAACCCUAGGUUUUGUUUUCUGUGGCUGCCCAUGCUAUUGGGUUGGUUUUGAUGCCGCCUGAACCAUUGCCUUGGGAUCGAAAGGACUUCUUCAAGGAGAGGAAGCACGAGAGGUCUGAGUCGCUUGGGUCAGUCGCCAGAUGGAGGGAUUCCUCGCACCACCGCGACUUCAAUCGCUGGGGAUCCGCCGAGUUUCGCAGACCGCCAGGUCAUGGUAAGCAGGGCGGUUGGCACCUGUUUUCCGAGGACUCAGGUCAUGGGUAUGCGAUUUCUCGGUCAAGCAGUGACAAGAUCCUGGAGGAAGAUAGUCGGCCCUCGAUUUCACGAGGUGAUGGGAAGUACGGCAGGAGCAGUAGGGAAAAUAGAGGACCCUUUGGUCAGAGAGAUUGGAGAGGGCAUUCGUGGGAACCCUCCAAUGGUACCGUGAAUUUGCCCAGAAGGCCGCAGGAUGUGAACAAUGACCAGAGGGCUGUGGACGACGCCCUAGGAUACUCUUCUCAUCCACAUUCCGAUUUCGGGAACUCUUGGGAUCAGCAUCAUCUGAAAGACCAGCAUGAGAAGAUAGGUAGUGUCAAUGUGUUGGGAACUGGCUCCAGAAGUGAUAGAGAGAACUCUCUGGGUGACUGGAAGCCGCUUAAAUGGACCCGUUCUGGAAGCUUGUCUUCUCGAGGCUCAGGUUUUAGCCACUCAAGUAGCUCAAGGAGCAUGGGAGCAGCGGAUUCGCAUGAAGAGAAGCCUGAGUUGCAACCGAAAAGUGCAGCUGCUAAUGAGUCACAUUCAGGGGAAGCCGCUGCUUGUGCGACAUCUUCUGUGCCUUCUGAAGAUACGGCUUCUAGAAAAAAGCCAAGGCUGAAUUGGGGCGAGGGACUUGCAAAGUAUGAGAAGAAAAAAGUCGAGGUGCCUGAUGCAAGUGCAAACAAAGAUGGUCCCGUCUUGUCUGCUAGUAUCACCGAACCUUGUAAUUUCCUCAGUACCAGCUUAGUUGACAAAAGUCCAAAAGUUACAGGAUUUUCUGAAUGUGCAUCUCCUGCAACUCCAUCUUCUGUCGCCUGCAGUUCCUCUCCUGGUAUGGAUGAUAAAUUAUUCGGAAAGACUACAAAUGUAGACAAUGAUGUUAGUAAUUUGACUUGUUCACCCGCUCCUUUGUCUGAAAAUAAUUUGCAGAGGUUUUCCUUUAACUUAGAGAAAUUUGAUAUUGGCUCCUUGAAUAAUUUGGGCACUUCAAUUAUUGAGUUGGUACAAUCUGAUGAUCCAACUUCUGUAGAUUCUGGUCCAAUGAGGUCCAAUGCAAUUAAUAAGUUACUGAUAUGGAAAGCUGACAUUUCAAAGGUGUUGGAGAUGACCGAAUCUGAAAUAGAUUUACUUGAAAAUGAACUGAAGUCGCUGAAAUCUGAAUCUGGUGUUACAUGUCCAUUUGCGGUAUCCCUGGGCUCCCAGAUGGUAGGUAGUGGUGAAAAAUCCUGUGAAGGACAUGCUGGAGUCUCUGACCAGGUCAUCCGGCCAGUACCGUUGAAUAUUGUUGAUGAUGCCAAUAUGGAGAAGGUGCCACUUUCAACUAAUUUACACAGUGUUCAUGAAAAUGUAAAGGAAGAGGAUAUUGAUAGUCCUGGAACAGCUACUUCUAAAUUUGUUGAGCCUCUGCCUUUAAUUAAAGCAGUUUCUUGUGGUACUGGAGGAUAUGUUAAUUUCUCCCAGGACUUGGAUUCUGUUCCAUCUGCAGCUGUGAAAUGCUUAAUUCCCUGUAGUGCUAGGAAAGAUGUUAUUGUACCUUGUGUUGAUGACAAGACUUCUUUGGAGGUAAACGAUAGCAUGGAUAUUUUAUGUGGUACAAUUAUUUCUUCUAAUAAAGAAUCUGCCAACAAAGCUAGUGAGGUGUUUGAUAAUUUAUUGCCCAAAGAUUGUUGUAAGAUUGGGAGGAUGGGAGCCAGCAGUGACACAUGCAAUCAGACCUUGAUUAGGGAAAAGUUUGCAGAGAAGAAGCGAUUUGCUAGGUUUAAGGAGAGAGUUAUUGCGCUUAAGUUCAGAGCCUUGCAUCACUUGUGGAAAGAAGAUAUGCGCUUACUUUCUAUAAGGAAAUGCCGACCAAAAUCUCACAAAAAGAAUGAACUAAGUGUGCGAACUACCUGUAAUGGUAACCAGAAGAACCGAUCAUCCAUUCGAUCACGUUUUCCCUUUCCUGCAGGAAAUCAUCUGAGCUUGGUUCCAACAUCAGAGAUGAUUAAUUUUACAAGCAAACUGCUUUCAGAAUCUCAAGUUAAAGUGCAGAGGAACACUUUGAAGAUGCCAGCUUUAAUUUUGGAUGAAAGAGAGAAGACGAUUUCAAAGUUUGUAACUAGUAAUGGGCUGGUUGAAGAUCCAUUGGCUAUUGAGAAGGAAAGGGCUUUGAUUAAUCCUUGGACACCACAGGAGAGAGAAGUUUUCUUGGAGAAAUUUGCCGUCUUUGGAAAAAAUUUUAGGAAAAUUGCUUCUUUUCUUGACCACAAGACAACUGCUGACUGUGUUGAAUUCUACUACAAAAAUCACAAAUCUGAUUGUUUUGAGAAACUUAAGAAGCAAGAUGUUGGUAAGCUGGGGAAGUCAUUUUCAGCUAAAACUGACUUGGUGGUAUCAGGUAAAAAAUGGAAUCGUGAAUUGAAUGCUGCUUCCCUUGAAAUUUUGAGUGCAGCUUCGCUGAUGGCAGAUGGCAUUGCAGGUAAUAAAAAAAUCCGUGCAGGAAGCUCACUUUUGGGUGGAUAUGGUAAAGCGAAGACGUCGAGGGUCGAAGACUUCAUUGAGAAAUCAGGCAGUUUUGACAUUCUUGGGGAUGAAAGAGAAACUGCUGCUGCGGCUGAUGUAUUGGCAGGAAUAUGUGGUUCUCUUUCUUCCGAGGCUAUUAGUUCCUGCAUAACAAGUUCUGUUGAUCCAGUAGAAGGUAGCAGGGAUAGGAAGUUUCUGAAAGUAAACCCUUUAUACAAGCUGCCCUUGACUCCUGAUGUUACUCAGGAGGUUGAUGAUGAGACUUGUUCGGAUGAGAGCUGUGGUGAAAUGGAUCCUACAGACUGGACUGAUGAUGAGAAGGCUGCCUUUCUUCAGGCUGUGUCUACUUUUGGGAAAGAUUUUGCCAAGAUAGCUCGGUGUGUUGGGACAAGGUCCCAAGAACAGUGCAAAGUUUUCUUCAGCAAAGGCCGCAAAUGUCUUGGAUUGGAUCUCAUGCGCCCAAUACCUGAAAAUGUUGGAUCCCCAGUGAAUGAUGAUGCAAAUGGGGGUGAGAGUGACACUGAUGAUGCAUGUGUCGUGGAGACAGGCUCAGUGGUUGGAACUGAAAAGUCUGGCACUAAAACAGAUGAGGACCUGCCUUUGUAUGGAACAAACACGUUCAAUGAUGAGUCCAAUCCUGUGCAAGCUAGGAACCUGUCAGCAGAGUUAAAUGAAUCAAAGGGGACUGAUGGGACAGAAGUAGAUAUUGAAGAUGCAAAUGUGGUUUCUAAUGCAUGUGCAAUUGAUAUUGAUUCUAUACAGGGAUGUGAUCGUAGUGAAUUUGCCUUGUGUGGUUCUGUCAGUGGACAAACAACUGUAAUCUUGUCGGAUAGCACAGAAAUUAGAAGAGAUAAAGCUAAUAAAUUGGGAGGUGCUACAGAGUUGAUAUCUGUUCCAGAUACAAGUGAACCAUGCGAGAGUAAUUCUUUUGUUGAGGAUAGAAUGGUGGUUUCCGAGGUUUCUUCCGGAAGACCUGGAAAUGAAUUGGAGAGGCAAAGAGUGUCUUCACCCCGAUAUCUUGAUGAUAGAGAUAGUAAACAGGAAGCUGAUUCGGGUGUCAUAGUUGAUUUGAAAAGCCCUGUGCACAUUCUAAGCACUAUGGUAAAUGCUCCUGUCUCAUCAUUUGGAAAUUCCUGUUCUGGAUUGAGUUCUAGUACUGAAAAUAAGCACGUACCCAUCGGAAAGCCUCAUGCCUCCCCGUUGUCUGUGGACGAACAUCAAGCAUCUUCAAAUUCAUUUUUACAAAAUACUGUUGCUUCUGAUAUUCAGUGUGAGAAAACAGCUAGCCAAGAUCGACUGUCUUCUACCUGUGAUAUUCAGGUUAGCAACGAUGAGCAGCCCCCUAUUACUGGGAAUUCUUCAGACCAUGUUGAUGCCGGAAGCAUUCUCCAGGGCUAUCCCUUGCAAGCUCCCAUUAAGGAGAUGAAUGGUGAUUUGAACUGUAGCAGUUCAGCAACAGAAUUGCAUCUUUUGUCCCAGAAGAUCGAACAACCUGAUGAUCAAGCCAAAAAAUUACAGUCAUUGGAUUCAGAUAAAACAUCCAGAAAUGGUGAUGUCAAACUUUUUGGGAAGAUACUAACCAAUCCUUCAUCAGCACAAAAAGCUAAUGUAGGUGCUAAAGGUAGUGAAGAAAAUGGUACCCACCAUCAUAAGUUCAGCAAACCUUCUGGUAUGAAAUUUACCGGACAUAAUGGUGAUGGGAAUUUGAAAAUUUUGAAGUUUGACUGUAAUGAUUAUGUCGGCCUUGAAAAUGUUCCCAUGCGGAGUUAUGGUUAUUGGGAUGGGAACAGAAUACAGACUGGUCUCUCAUCCUUGCCUGAUUCUGCUAUCUUGCUAGCCAAGUAUCCUGCAGCCUUCAGUAAUUAUCCCACAUCUUCUGCCAAAUUGGAGCAACCGUCAUUGCAAACAUUUUCGAAGAAUAAUAAUGAACGGCUCCUAAAUGGCAGUAAUGCCGUGAUUGAUUAUCAGAUGUUUAGAAGGGAUGGUCCGAAAGUGCAGCCAUUCAUGGUAGAUGUGAAGCACUGCCAGGAUGUAUUCUCUGAGAUGCAGAGAAGAAAUGGUUUUGAAGCAAUCUCAAGUUUACAGCAGCAGAGCAGGGGAGUGAUGGGAAUGAAUGGGGUUGGAAGACCGGGGAUUCUUGUAGGAGGAUCGUGCAGUGGUGUCUCAGAUCCUGUGGCAGCAAUCAAAAUGCAUUAUUCCAAUUCUGACAAGUAUGGUGGUCAGUCUGGGAGUAUUGCGAGAGAAGAUGAAUCUUGGGGAGGGAAGGGGGAUUGAGACAGGUAGUCAUUGUGUUGAGCGGCAAACACCUCUUUUUGCCGCCCUCUGUAUUAUAGUUUUUGUUAUUGCUUAAUACAGUGUAGGGCGAUUUAAUGGUUCUCAAGCCCGUCUUUUUGGUAAAAUAUUUAGGUGCUUGUAAUAUGGCAGCAGCUUUGUAUUUGUUGUAUUUGAUGAAAAUACAGAAAUAAUCUCUGAAAAGGUUAGGAGGGGCGAUUGCCAUUACCAUUGCCAA